AUGGAUCUCGUUCCUCCAUCUUAUCAGUAUGCGACAGACAGAGAUGCAUGGUCAAUUAUUGCACGCUAUAUUCCCUCCAGUGAUCUAUGCGCUGCAUCUCUAGUUUGCCACAGAUGGCAUGGUCUAUUUAUGCCUUUUCUUUGGGGCGACCCUGCAUCCCAUUUUGGUAAAGAUAACGAUGCAGUCUACGUGGCUCUCACACGAUUCCGAAGAACACUCAAAUAUGCCCGAGAAGAGGUCCGGGCAUUGACGCAUACUCUUCAUCUCCCACCCGCUCUUUCAGAGAUAUACGGUGGGCCGCGUCCAGGUUGGCUAAGAGACAUUCUCGAAUGUCUACCAUGUCUGCAGUGUCUGAUGGUUUCCAAAUUGCCUUUCUUCGAUCACAAUGCCAUGACAGCAUUGGGAGACCACCAGAGAGCGAGCCAUUAUAACAUCCGUCUGUUGCUGGCCGAACGGGAGCCCAACACAACUGCAACGAGCCUUGCACAGACGUUACUCUUGUUCCCUGCAUUGACCUAUCUGGAUCUUUCACAUACGACUCCGGCACGAGACCGUAAUGUGCUAUCAACACUUCGCCGAAUGCCUUUCCUCCGGGUAUUGAAAUUGCGCGGCAUCGGGUUAAAGGACAAUGAUGCUGAAUUCUUAGCGAAUGUUAUUGGGCGCCGGGUCCGUUGUUUGGACAUAAGAGAUAAUAUGCUUACCGACAUGGCAGUCCGCUCGUUGCUACAGGCCUCUUUUCUCCCCGCAGAAAGGAGGAACUCACAGCAAACUCCCGUACAGGCGAGAGGCUCACCGGACCCCUUUUCUCAUUAUGCAAUUCUCGAGUCUGGCUCGGACUUUUUCAAGCGCCCUGAUUUGGAUGAACAGUUUGCCAGGCUACUAGCCCAACCAGUCUUAUAUCACCCAUGGGUUGAAGAUUUGCCAAAUAGUGGGAUCACGCAUCUAUAUAUCGCCGGCAAUCAGAUAUCAGUUGAAGCCGUGGCGAGUCUCUUGGUUUCAUCUCGCCUGCAUGCUUUGGAUUUUGGAACCAUCAGUGCUCCCGACAAGGCACACCAGACCCAUCACUUUGGAAAGGAAAAAUAUCCUGGAGCCGAAAAGCUAGUGCCGAUAUUGGGAAAGGUUGCAGGAGACAACUUGGCAUACCUCCGAGCGCACCAUGAAGUGCUUACAAACGAACCGCCAGAGAAAGAUGCGGUAUCUUCCGUCGACUUUCUACCAGAACUUUCUGGACAAGAGAGUCCACGUGCAGUUGAGCAUUUCGAAUUGGACACCUCCCAAGAGGUUUAUGAGCUACCCGAGGACACACGACCUGUAUUUGAACUUGCAGAUACAUCGAUGACUGAUUCCACGAGCUCAACAUCAGCAGUGAAUGUACCUCAGACACCCCAACUGUUGACACCAGAUGAGCCCUCACCAUAUGUUAGACGUGGAUCGGCCUUCGCUCCGGAAGUGGUACACAACAUCCCCGAUAGAAGGAUUGCUGGCGUAUCGAGAACAUUUACCUUGCUUUCUAUUUCAACGUCGUCAGACUGCGACACACUCGCCACAGACUCCUCCCUUAGGACAACGCUGCGAUGUAACUCCCCGGUAUCAAUGAAUGACCCUCGCGCAGAGAAGAUACAACAGCUACUCGCGAAAAGACCACGCAGUCAAUCAAUACCAAUACAAGGAGGGAAAGAAAGCCGAUUUCCCUAUCUGCACCCAUCACAUAUCCCUCAUAUGGAAACAUUGGUUUUGACAGAUGUACCCUCACAUGUGGCGCCCAACUCGUCUAUAAUUCCUGCCCUCAAAAGGUUUAUCACUGGUUGUUCCAAUGAAGCUUUACUAGCAACACUACAGGCCGGAUCGGAUUACUCCCUCCCACCAGGCCAAGCUCGCAUGCAAGCUGAGCAACACAGAUCUCGAUCAAUUUUCGGUUUACGGCGUUUAGUCCUUGAAAUUACACCUGUUGAUACCUCUAAACUUACUUCAUGGAAACCAGGAAACCAAUACAACGCCACGGGUCAUUCGAGCACCGGGGACCGCGACUCGGAGAAUCUUUGGUCUGCAGCUACCAAUGAUUUCAGUUUCUUUGGAGAAGAAGAAUGUGGAGUCCCGGAGAAUGACCCUGGCAAAUACUUCCCGAUGGCUGCGCUUAACGAGAAGGUCUCGCUGAUGCCAGAUGGUGAUACGACUCUUUCACCUAACUCCCCUGAUUCUGGACGUUAUCCUUUACCAAGAAACGCGAUAUCCCCGAGUCCGCCGCAAAAGCAGCCCCAGGUCCAGACGUUGGACCUUGUCGCAGAGCUUGCGGCGUUCCGUCGUGAGAAGAAGGCUGAAUACGAACAGGUGGUUCGACGCGAGAGAGGGCGGCGGAGCACUACUAGCUCGGGUGUUUCUAGUCUUCUGACUCCAUCGUCCCAUAUCUCCUUGGCCAAUUUUGUGGAAGGUUAUUGGAAGGGAGAGGUAAAGAUUGUGCGGAACCCAAUGCCCCAGAUGCGGACUGGAAUGGUGGACAUGUAUGGAAAUUAUUUCGAGAAGGGCUACCUAUACCCAUGA